AUGUCAACAGCGUCAUCGAUUUGGGGAAAUGGAUUUCGUUAUGUGUUGUUGAUCUUGGGAUUCCUAUGCCUUACCUCAAUCUGUUCAAACUAUAUUAUUAUUAAUUUCACAUUUAUAUGCAUGGCUAGAGAUGACUCAGAGAAAGUCGAUACCGGAAAUGGAACCUUCAAAAAUCGCUUCGUGUACAGUGCGGCCGAGAAGAGUUCAAUAAUAUGGGCAGUAGCAAUUGGAACAAUACUUGGAACGUUCCCAGUUAACUACUAUUACAUAAAAUUUGGAGCAAGAUGGCCAUUUUUUAUUUCUGGUAUAAUGUCUGUUUUUUCAACUGCAUUGAUUCCGUUGGCUGCAUCACUUGGUUUACCAUACUUACUUUUCUCUCGGUUCGUGCAGGGUCUGGCUUACGCCGCUGAUUUUGCCGCUAUAGGAAUACUGUGUGUUCGAUGGGCUCCGUUAUCCCAAAUGGGACUUUUUAUCAGUGUAUUGACAGCGUUCACGUCUGUGUCUUCUAUUAUCACUAACCCAUUAUCUGCCUGGCUUUGCGAGUCCACUCUUGGCUGGCGUUCAGCUUACUACAUACAUGCAGCUUUCGGACUCUUCGUAUUCAUUUUGUGGAUAAUCAUUUACAACGACGAUCCUCACCUACAUCCUAGCGUUAGCGAAAAAGAACUCGCUAAGAUUCAAGAAGACAAAACGCAAACUCAUAUCGAACGGGACAGUUUUGUUCCAUACAAGGAAAUUAUCAAGAACAAAGUGAUUUUAAUUGUCUGGUUCAAUGCGUUCACAGAAAUGACUACAGUAACUUUGCUACUCGUCUAUGCUCCUAUCUAUUUCCACAAUGUGCUUGGAUACGACAUUCCUACAACUGGAGUUCUUGUAUCGUUUGCGGCCAGCAUUCAUCUUCCAUUUAAGUUUGCUGGGGGAUUCAUCAGCGAUCGAAUAACGAGUGUUUCGGAACGUCACAAAAUGUGGUUUUUCAACUCAAUCGCUGUCGGUUUAGCGGGCAUUUUUUGCGCGCUGAUCGGAGUGUUUCCAGCUAACUGGUCAAAGACUGGAGUAGCACUGUUUACGAUUACAUUUACAUGCAUGGGAAUGAAUCCUGGCGGAUUUUACAAAUGCGCAACUCUUUCAUCACGUCAGUACGCUCAUUUUGUCUUGGCUACCAUCCAAUUCAUGAAAUGCAUAGCACUAUUCGUUGGACCUGCUAUGGUCGCUUUCUUAGUAACGGAUGAGCGAAACCAUGAUCAGUGGAAAUAUGUGUACUGGAUCAACGGUUUCUUGCUGAAUGUGGCAAACCUUGCCUUCAUUCCUGUCGCUACUGACCAACCAGCUCCAUUCACCCUUAUCACAAGAACAACUAGAAAAGUCCACGCUGAAGAAGUUGAUGGCUCUCUGGGAUACAAAAUCGCAAAUACUGAGAUGAGUAGAAAUCGAGCGAAGAAAAGCGGAUCGCAACAUUCCAUUGUAGUUAAUAAAGAAGUGUGA